CUACCUCGCGCUGCGGUACAGCUUUAGUUGUAGUGUGAAGUUUAUACAAUUGAUCUACUCGCAAGUAUGACCUUCACUGCAGCAAUUGAAAUUUACCGUGGGGGCUGAAUUUUAUUGGCCUGCGAAAGAACAUUUGUGACGUUCGAACUUCAAAAAAGCAGAAAACCGCUUCCUCCUGGAUAGAACGGAAUCCAAUAACGUGCCAUGAACAUCGAUGAACUUUUCAAGAUUCCAGCCAUUCCUUCGGGAAAGAACAAACGAAAGCUCCCCGAUAAUCCUUCACUUGACUUUCUCAACAAAUACCGUCAAGCUAGCAAUGACGAGGAAAUCGAAAGCAGCGAGUCCAAAAGACGAAACGUCACGAUAGAAGAAGACGAAGAUGAUGCAAGAAACUAUGGUGGUGAAGUAGACGACUAUGGUUACGAAGACGAGGAAGACGAAGGACGGUUUUUUGGCGGUGGUUUGACUGACGAACAAAAGAAGAUCUUGGAGUUGGUGGACGAAAUAGACGCAGACGAGACGGAGGCACUUGAUGCAACAACGGUCAAGAAAUACAUUCUUCGAUUCGAAAAAGCUAUCAACAAAAAUCAAGAACAGCGAGUCAAGUAUGCUGACAACCCAGAAAAGUUCAUGGAAUCAGAAGCCGACCUGGAUGAGGAAAUCAAGAACCUACUUGCAUUGACGCAAGCGCCACAACAUUACCGUGAACUCGUCAGUCUAGGCAGCAUCCCAUCACUGCUGUCCUUGCUUAGCCACGAGAAUACCGACAUUGCUCUUGACGCGAUAGAACUUAUUAAUGAACUCACAGACGAGGAUGUUGCACCUGGUGAGGAUAUGGAAGACGAGGAGAAAGCGGAAGCUAUCACCGAGAGCAUCAAUAUCUUUGUAAAAGCGUUGAUCGAUGAGCAGCUUCCGGAACUAUUACUUCAAAAUUUACAGAGAUUGGACGAGAACGAGGCAGCUGAUAGACAAGGCGUUUUCAAUGCUUUGAGUAUUUUUGAGAAUCUGGUGUCCAUUGAUUUAAAGUACGCCGAGAUUGUGGUGGAAAAGACGGACAUAUUACCAUGGUUGCUCAAGCGCAUCAACACAAAAGCAUUCGACUCCAAUAGAGGAUACGCUGUCGAAAUCUUGUCUAUCCUGCUACAAGAAAGUAGAGCGAACAGGAUCAAGCUUGGUGAACUCGGCGGUAUCGAUGUAUUGCUUCGCGUUUUGUCUUCUUAUAAAAGAAAAGACCCUGCUGAUGAUGAUGAAGCUGAAUUGAUGGAAAAUUGCUUUACAUCUCUGUGCUCGGCACUGGCCGAACCAGAAAUCAAAAAAUUAUUUUUAGAAGGCGAAGGUAUUGAGCUCAUGUUGAUCAUGAUAAAGGAAAAGUCAAUGGCAAGAAUUCGUGCUGUCAAGGUGCUUGAUUAUGCCAUGUCUACAUCAGCAGGAACAGCCAAUUGCUAUCGAUUUGUAGAGAGUUUUGGCCUCAAGACUCUGUUCCCCAUGUUCAUGGGAAAGGGAGUGAAAAAGCUGAAAAAGGCAUACAAAGCGUAUUCAGAGACGGAAGAAGAAGAACAUAUCCUGGGCAUAAUAAUAUCCCUAUUCAAAAACUUGCCUCAGGACGACAUUCAACGACUUCGGUUGAUACGAAAGUUUUCCGAUGAAAAUUUCGAAAAAGUCGAUCGGUUAUUCGAUUUGUUGGAACAUUACCACGCUCGGGACGCCAUGACACAAACAGAAAUAGAAACCGAAAAGGAACAACUUGACGAGGAAGAUCUCGAAGAUAUGGCAGACCAGUUUUAUAUCCGCAGACUAGAUGCUGGUUUAUUCACGCUGCAACGAGUCUGCCUUGCCAUUGUUGUCCUUUGCGAAGAAGACGAGCGUGUACUGGAACAUGCACUCAUGCUUUUGAACCGCAAGGAUCGUGACAUGACCUUUGUCACUUCAUUAAUUGACGCAGAUGAAUCCUUGGCUAAGGAAAUGGAGGCUGUUCGGGGUCCCAUCUUCAGCAACCAAGCUAGCACUGAAGAAAGCAAAGUUGAGGCGAUGGACACCGAUUCGGCUCCCAAUGUAGAUCAACAAGCCAAUAAUAAUUAGUGUAGCUCGGCGUGCAUUUCUUUCGCACUGGCUUUGUUGUGUUAAUCUUAAGUACAUGUAUAAAAAUCGAUGUGUCACUUAAAUGAGAUGCCACCUUGCUUUUUUUAUUUGAUAAGUGAAUGA